AAACGUGAACUGGUUAAUGGAUAUUUAAGUGGGUGUUAAUUUUUUUGCGUUAUGCGCCGUGUGUGAUGUGUUUUUUUUGGCCGUUUUGUUGCCGGAAGUUAAUGUGAGUCAUAAAUAAUUAAGCGUUUUUCGUGUAGUGGCCUUGUUCGUGGUGUAUAAUAUAUAUGACUGAUUGUGUUUUUUCUCUGAUAUCCUUAUAUCGUGUGUGUAUAAUUAAUAAUCUUUGAUUGAGUGUCAGCUGUGAUGAGUUUAUGAGUUUAUUCAAAAGCAAUUUAAUUGCAACUAAUUGGCAUAAAUGACUGAUUUUUCAAAUUGAAGACUGUAAUUUACAAAAUUGAGUAGAAGAAGGAGAAGAAGCAACUUAGUUGCGUUUAAUGCUAUAUUGUCAAAGAAAAGAAAAAAUUACAAAUAAUAAAAAUAUAAAACAAAAAUAAAAACAAACCAUUAAAAUCAAUGUACUUUUCAAAUAAAGUCAUAAGAAGAACUAAAUUGUGAAAAAAACUCGUUUUCGAUCUUACAAAAAACUAAUUACAGUUAUUAAAUACAAUAAAAGUACAUGUGCGAGCGAAAAGCAUACAAAUCUUUUGCAGAAACUCACACUAAAAAUAAAAGCCGAAGAUACAACUAUGGUGCAUCUGGGCGUAGAGAUUUUUCAGCGGGACCACGAAACAAGUAUCAAAACCAUUCAGAUACUUAUCAUCGCUCCAACUACGAUUAUACGCUGCGUUCUGAUCAAUCUCCCUAUUAUGGACAGCAAUGGAACCAAAAUAGAUAUAAUAAUGGACCAAAUAAUCGAAAUAACAACCAUUGGACAAAUGAUUAUAAUUAUAAUAAUUACAAUCCUAAUCCGAAUCAUUGGCAAAAUGAGCCAGGAAGAAGGAGAGAAAAUACGUCUUCGCCAUAUUGUAAUGAAGUAGAUAGAAGAACUUUGAAUACACAAAAAAAAGAUAACAACACACCGACAACAGCCAGAACUGGGAUAAAAGUUGAAUCUACGUCAACUGUAAACAAUAAAAGCAAUGAAGUAUCAUCAAAUGAUACUGGUGAAACACUUACAAAUACAACAAACACUACCAAUGAAACUGAUAGAGAAAAAAUUGAAAAUCCAAAGAAAACAGAAAGUAGUAACGCUAUUGAAAAACCUAGAAGGAACGCAGUGAGAUCAUCGCCGAGAAAAAAAUUAUCCAAAACAAAACCAAUCAACGUCAAGGAUAUAACCGAAGAGAAGAUUUGUGCCAAGAAACAAACCACACACAGGAGUGGUGAGAAUUCUAGUGAAGAUCCUAUAACGAAUGAUAAAAUCGAAACAGAGCGAGAAGAAAAUUGUACAACAAGUGUUGGUAAUAAUAUUAAAAAAUGUAAUGAACAAAAUACCACAGAAACUGCGGUGCAAUAUAAAACUUUGGAAAACUUUGAUAAGAACCAAACACAAACUAAGACAAUAGAAGACCUUGCAGACCAAGUCAGUAGGGAAUCAGAAAAAAACUGUUCUAUAAAUAGAAAUUCAAAAGCCUGGGAGGAUUUAAGUGACAAAGCAGCAGAGAACAUAGAUUUAAAUAAAGAUGCUGCUAAAGUUAACAAUUCUCACUCAUCUGAACCUCCUAAAGAAGAAACCAUCAAUUUAAGGUUAAAACUUUCCAAGCAAACAAGAAAUACUAAUUUAGACAGAACAAAACAAAAAUCGAAAGUAAUCAGUAAAGAAUCCAAGGAAUUUUCCGAUAGUAAUUUAAUAGUAGACAAGCCUUUACAGCAAACCACGCCGCGAGCACCUACUCCAAGUGGUAUUUCAAGAUCUAUUGAACCAGAAAACAAGACUGAUAUUACCGAUAAGGAACGAGAAACUGAUGAAAGUGUAACAUUAAUUAAAGAAUCACUCUCCAACCACAUUGAGAUACAACUGGAUGGUAAUCUCCAAAAUACAAAUUCCAUAGUUGUUGGCAGUGAUGACGAAAGCAUAACGGAAAUUAUAACAACAGAUAUUCCCUGCAUUGACAUCGAUCUCAAUGCCUCAGAUAUAUCUGAAAGUCGUGAAAUUAAUGAUGAAGAAAUUUCCAGUGUCGUGAGUGGAGUUUCCCCCAUUAAGAACACUAACUCCAGAAAACCUAAAAUCUCUAUAAUACCACUUUCAAGACUUAUACGAAACGAGUUAAUUGAAUUAACGGAUGAUUCAAGUGUGACGGAAAUCGAAGACGUGCCUCCUGUUACAUUAGCCACAUUUACACCGAAUAAACGAAUUUGCCGUCCGAAUCUUGUAAAGAGACGUCGAAAAAUUUCAACUUGUAGUAAUUCAAGUGGCACCACAGAAAAUUUGAUUGAAAAAGUUGCCGGUAUGGAUAAGUUUGGGAUCAAGCAAGUGAUUAAUAGCUGUGGUACGCGUUUUGAUGAGGCCUUAAAGGCACAGGCACGCAAACGUUUGCGUGAAGAAAUUCGAAAGCAACUGAAGUCAAUGAACUUGGAAACCGCGAAGGAUGCCGAAUGUGCGAAUUUCGUACCGGACGAUAUAGUAGAUGCGAUUUGUAUACCAGAUAUUGUUUUAGAAGAGAUACGCAAAGCUUUUGGUAUAGAGAUUUUUUGUAAUAACAACACAAAUGCUCUACAAGAUGCAGCUUUAGAUAUUAUAGCAUCAAAUACACAAGAAGAUGCAAAUACGAGUAAUAAAACGACAAGCGAAGAACAUACAUCGACGACAAUUGUCGCGGCACCGCUACAGGAAAGCAUCGUGGAAACAUCAUCUACUACGGUACAACCGACACCAGACAGUAUUGUUGCAACAGAAAAUGUGGUGGAAAAUGACAUAACGGUGCAAAAUGAAAAAAAUUCAAUUGACCCUGAAAAUGUGCCAGAAAUAAACGUUGAACAAGCAAGUCCCAUAGAGGUGCAAACAGCAAAUCCGACAACAAUAGAAACACACAUGAAAACAAAGGAUAAGAAGGAUAAGAAGGCAAGAAGACGCAAAAUUCCAACGGGACGUAAAAGUAGUCGGAAAAAAGUAAACAAAGAAGUUAUACGAGUUGAUUCGUCAUCAUCUUCGAGUAGUUCGUCUUCAUCCAGCUCGAGCAGCAGUUCUGAUUCCGAAUCAGAAUCUUCGGCUAAGAGCACUUCGUCUUCAGUGAAAAGACGUCGGUUAAAAUUGCGAGUGGAUGCACAAAACAUUGUCGAAAGCUUUGAAAAACUGCUGCUCCCUAAUCUAAGUGAAAAUUUAAAAAGUCGUUACCACAAUAAGUUUUCAAAUUCUACAUACACGCGGCUACAUUUCAUAUCUUGUAUUUGUACUAGUGAAUACAAUACCAAAAAAUUUACCAAACCUGAAAUUGCAAAAAUACAAUCUAAUCUUAAGUCCGAGGAUCGUACAGUCGCCUUGGAGUUUUUGAUGCGCGAAAUCGUCAAUGUUUUCAACAAGCAAAAAGAAGCUGCCAAAAAGGAACGUGGAAGCAAUCGAUUGCGGAGAAGCAACGAAGCAGCUGAUAAAACGAAAGCAAGCGAUUCACCAACGGCAGAGACUACAAGAGCAGACGAAACUAAUGACGGAGAUAUGGUAGUCGAAAAAGCUAAUGGGAUUUCCACACAGGCCGUAAAAGUAAGCAGUAACAACAAUCGGAAAAGUGCCGAUGCAGCAGAAAAAGUUGCUGCUAAGAACUGUAUGCAAUCAAAGCCAACAUCUACGUCUACUUCAACGACACCAACGAAACACCAACAUCAAAGUGUGAAUGGGCAAACAUUAAUGAGCAAAAGAGUGGAUGGAGCUGGAGGAAAAAAUGCUGGCAAUGCAGAAACCACCGAUAAUGCGAUUGGUGAAAGGCAUAAAACAGGCGUCAAUAUACACUCCGAAGCGUGUAGUAAUUCAUUUGAAAUCAACAACACCACUAAUCAAGAAGAUUGUAAUGCGUUAACGGUAGCAAGUGUGGCGACACGUCAGCCUCCAACUGCAACCACCCUUUGUGAUAGUGGGGCUUCAAAUGAGCAAGACUCUCGUAAUGUUUCUUUUGAAAGCAUCAACUCGCGUUCGCAUUUGAGUGAGUCGAAUUGUAGUAGUAGUGAUUUGCAAUCUCCCACUAAUUUACGUUCGCUGCCAAGAGACCACUUAUUCGAUAACAAAUUUAGCCGUAAUGGUACCGCGAAUCCUUUAAUUGGAUAUGAAAAUGGCAUUACGGGACUUUGUGGAAUCUCUGGCAUACCAUCUUUGAUGUCAAGCACUCUCUUUCCGAAUGUAGAUUUGGAGGCGUUGCGACAAAGAAACAUUUUAGGGGAAUUCGUUGUGAAUAAUCUACGCGAAUUCGAUGUGAAACUGAUGGAAUUGCAUAAACGUAAAAUGUUCAUCGAAGAGAUGAUACUGAAAUUGCAGAAAGACAAAAUGGAAGUGGAUAUGCAAACUAUGCAAUUGCAAAAUGAGAAAUUUUUAUUACUUAACACCGCUAUGACGGCAGCUGCCAGCGAAUUGCCAAAACGUGAAGCAGCAACUACGACUGGAACAACGUCAAUAACACAAAAUGCAUUAGGGCAAAGCACAGAAGCGACGCCUACCACACCUGCUGGGUCAUUAAGAACAAUCACUCGUGGUAUACAAACCGCUCUUCCGAAUCAACGCAAACGGAAGUCAAACGAUAGUAAUGGCCCGACUGUAAAGCGAAAACGUGGGCCACGCAAACGUGGUGGCGUCCGCAGUUUAGCUGGUGGACGUAAUGUUAAUAAACAGGCCAAGCCAAAAUCGAAUACAUCUAACGCCAGAGCAAACGCUGAAAAGUCAACAUCUACAUCAAAUUCACCUAAAGUGAGUGGAACACGUGAGUGUGUAGUUUCUCCAUGUACUGUGAUUUCGGAUUUGGAACAAUCACUUAGUGAUAUAGAACCUCCUUUCGAUGGCGUGGAUAUACCAGUCUCUACGAUUAAUGUUAAAAGCUCGCUGACACAAGUACACCUCUAUGAACGUUGGUUGAUCGCUACUGGUGAAGAUGGUCGUCUGUAUCAGUUUAAUGCCAAAACUCUUAAAUUGGAAAAGGAAUUCUCCAAACACAGCGAAGCUAUUACACAUUCCUACUUGUGCCGUGAAAAGAAAAUGCUAUACACCACCUCACUGGAUGGAUACAUGAAAAAGACGUCUUUAGAGAAUAUUGCCUUGGAUAUACAAUCCGUAGACUUGCAAGAGCCCUUGCAAUGCAUUGAGGGGCAAUGGGGUUCCGCUUUUAUCGGCAGCAGAUGGGGCAACAUCUUCACUUAUGACAUUACGUCCAACAACUUGAACAAUUCCACAAUUUCAUCAUCAGAUGUUUCAAUAACCGCCAUCAAAGCGACUAAGGAGGGUCCACGCCGUAUACUCAUUGUAGCAUCUAAAUCUAGAGAAAUACAAAUACGUGAUGCAUCUUCUGGGCUACUGUUGCGCACAUUGACGCUGCCCGACGCAAUGAAAGCAUAUAGUUUACUAUUGGAUGAUGGUUGCAUCUAUUGUGGUACACAGCGGCGCGAUAUACUAAAGAUUGAUUUCACGACUGGUCAACACUUAUCACCGUUGUAUUGCGGCAGUGGUGCAGUAUCGAUGCGGCUUUAUCAAAAUAAGUUUAUACUCGUCGGUUCAUAUGAUGGUUUUGUCUAUGUAAUUGAUAAGACAAAGGAACGACAUUGUGGCCGUUAUGCGGGUUGCGCUGGAAACAUAUUAACCCUAGGCGUCAUCAGCAAUAAGAUAAUAGUAACCGCGAAGGAUAAAACUUUGAGAGUUAUUGAACUACCGCAAAAUCUCGGAACGAAACGGAAAUAAAAUGCAUUUUUUUGUAUUACAAUUUUUCAUUUGUUACAUCUUGGCUUAUUAAAUACAUUCAUUCAAGAGUGUAUACUUUUAAAUUUUAGAUUAUGACAUAUAGUUUAAAAUAAUUUUUAAUGAAGUAAAUCUUUUAAUUUUGGAUAUUAAA